CCUCAAUCUUUAUAUAUUACUGGAAAUUAGCUGUUGGAAACAUAAACAAUCAAAUUGACACGCCGGCCGCUAACGGACCAUUUACCGCAGAUCAUUUUGGCUAUGAUCUGGUCGAAUAAUCACUUGGGCGCGGCCUACUACAACAUCCUCACGUCCGAGUUGUCCGUGAUGGACGACACCUACGACGAUGGCGUUUACUUUAACAUCACGAAGGCGCUGUACGGGCAGUGCCAGCCGCGCUACGUCAUCACGAUCUCAGGCACGUCCGAGGAGUUCCUCGCCGCGAUCGAAGCUCUGGUAACGUCGGAAACGACGUCGGGCGAUCCGAACAUGUCGACUAACAGCAGCGAUGGGUCGGCGCGAGUCUCGCUCAAGGUGAUGCGGAAGAAGGAGCACGGCUUCGACAGAUGCUAUCACAGGGUGCGAUGCCUCAAGCUCCAGUCGGAGCCGGCGAACGCGAACAACGUCGAGAGGCUGGUUUUCUUGCAGGGUCUAUUGAACUUCAAGUCGAUCGUCAUGAUUCACGCGUUGGGUCUGCUUUUGAUCUACGUUGACCAACAUUGGGCCAAUCUCGCGUUGGAUCCUUCCGGCAAGCCCAAUUUCGUGUCUGUAACUAGCGUGACGUUGCGCGACAUCGUUAUGAUAGAUGAUGAUACAUACGAGACGCUAAAUAUCGUGCACACCAGACACCACCCGAGUCUCUUCAAGUGCGGCGACGUGGCGUCGAAGAAGCAAAGUGGCAGCCUCUUUACCUUUCUGAAUCGUUGCCAAUCGCGCCCUGGAGCGCAGUUUCUGUGGCAAGUGUCGAAAACGCUGCGACAUCCUACAAGAAACAUCGAGAUUCUUAACGCGAGAUUCGAAGUCGUCGAAUUCUGCUUGAAACCGGAUAACCAGAAUACCGUCGAAACUUGGACGUCGUGUUUGAAACACCUCUAUCGUUUAACCAACGUUACUUUAGAUCGGUAUUUGGCGCAGCAAGCGAAGAUCUCCGAUUGGCGACGGUUGUACAAGACGAUCUCCUCGAUAAUUUACAUCGCCGACGUGUGCGAGAAGCAGCGUAAAAAGGUAAGGCUGUUCGAUAAAAUCGUCGACAGCGUCACGAACGAAGUGCGAUAUGUCAAGUACUUUCUCGAGUACAUAGUGGACUUCGGCGCGAAGAGAUCCGGGAACGAUUUCAUCGUCCGGUCGAACGUGGACUCGCACUUGGACAAGUUGCAUCACACGAGAAGCACUUUGCCCGAGACGCUGACGCGAAUGGGAGAGAAAGACAUGAAGGAGUAUCUUCCGCCGUCGGUAACGACUUGUAAGAUGGUGUACAUACCGAAUAUCGGAUACCUCCUGGCGAUUACCGGAUGGAAUCCGUCGCCGGGCGAGGAUACCGAUUUGCCGAACCUGGAGUUCAAAUUCGUCAGCGGCGAUAUACGAUACUUCAAGAGUCCCGGCGCUAAAGAACUGGACGACACUAUCGGCGAUAUACUGCUAAGGAUAAAUAAACGAGAGAGCUACAUCAUGCUGAAACUCGUGAAGUAUAUCAAUAAGCACGCCGCGUCGAUCUUCAGCGCGAUUCAAUUGUGCGCCGAAUUGGACACAUUGCUGGCAUUUCACGUGGUCGCACGAGAGCAUAAUUACGUGAGGCCGUGCGUGGUGGAGCAGCAGAUCAUAGCGGUGGAGCAAGGCCGGCAUCCUCUGCAAGAAUUUGCCACUACGACGUUCGUCUGUAACGACACCCAUUCCGGAAACGGGAAGAGCCUCGUGAAGAUCUUGACCAGCCCGAAUGCCUCCGGCAAGAGCACUUAUCUCAAACAAGUCGCGCUUAUUGCGUUCAUGGCUCACAUCGGCUGCUAUGUGCCGGCCAAAUCGGCCACCAUAGGAAUACUGACUCACAUCCUCACCCAGCUCACAUCUAUGAACAGUGUUGCGCUCAACACGAGCACCUUCUUGGAGGACAUGAGACAGAUAAACUCCGCUCUUUACGCGUCCACGCCGAAUUCCAUCGUGAUCUUGGAUGAAUUCGGUAACGGUACGUCUGAGGUGAGCGGCUUGUCGUUGCUCGCGGCCGUGCUGAACAACUUCAUCGAGCGUGGUGUUCACUGUCCGCACGUCUUCGUGGCCACGCACAUGCAUCGAGUGAUAAACAUGUUGCCGCGCGACCCCAUGAUCGAGGAACAGACCUUCGAGUUUAUUACAAACAACGACGGUACCGUGGCGUAUCUUUACCGUCUAAUUAAUGGACAUUCGACACGUAGCUUCGCACAUGCAGCUGCUCGAAGCGCGGGUUUAGACGAACGUGUGGUCAAGCGGGCGUUAGAGGUGUACGAUAAAUUUAAAGCUGGCGAGUUACCGUCGCCACUACCGGAAGCGCAAAAACAAGAGGAGGCGACGCACAUUAUCCAACGAAUGCUGGAAUCUGACAAUUUUGGAGCGGAGUUCUUGGAGGAGUUGAAGUUGUUGAUACGUCAAUUUAUGGGACAGCUGCGACAAAGUCCUAAACAGAAUUUUUAAACGAACAAUAUUAAAAAAAAAAUAACUAUCAUUUGUAAUUACG